AUGCUUCAAUUGAGCCACAAACUAGAAGGUAAACAUGUAUUGCUAGUAGGUUGCGGAGAAGUCGGUUAUACUAGAGUGUUGAAGCUAUUGCCAACCAAGUGCAAAUUGACAAUUGUAUCACCAGAGAUACAUCCAAAACUAGCUACGUUAGUGGAUAAUGAGAAAUACGAGGUGGGCCAAAUUUACAAGUACCUAGCAAGGCCGUUCAAAGAAGAUGAUUUGGUAAUGUAUGGUAACAACCAGGCACAAUCGAUAGAGGAUUUGGAGAAACCCUGCGGGUUCCACAUGGUGUUCACGUGUUUGCCGGACCUUGAGCUCAGUAGAAAUAUUUACCAAAUGACCAAGUUGAAAUUGGGUACUGGAACGCUAUGCAAUGUAGCAGAUCAACCGCCGUUAUGUGAUUUUUAUUUCGGGGCGAAUUUAAGGUUAGGCGAUGAGAAGUACGGAUUAUCGAUAAUGAUCAGUAGCGAGGGCAUGUCGCCGCGGUUCACGGCACUAUUCAAGAAGGAACUAAUGAAAACAUAUGGUGAGUGGCCUGUGAAGGAAUGUGUUGAAAAAUUGAACGAUGUACGUGAGCAAGUGAGGAAAAUAUCUGAAGAAUAUGUUUCUGCCUUCGAUGACGACAGGGCGCAAUUGAUCAAAUUCCGAAUGGAGUGGCUUAAGGCACUUACGGAUAAAUUCGGGACGCAAUGCUAUAGACUAGACGUAAAGAAAGUCAUUGCUCUUUUCCAAUCAAUGAUCAAGAGCAAAGAGGUUAAUUUGGACAAGAUUCCGGAGGAAACGUUAAUUGACGAUGAGACCCAAAAUUUGGGGCAGCUUAGUAUCGCCUAG